AUGAAAGUUUUGAAGCUGUGGAUAAAGGGCUGCUCCAUAAUUGUUGUCGAUGUUCCUCUUUUGUUUGAUGCCAAGGUAGAUAAAUGUACUAAACCCAUUGUUGUCAUUUGGGUUGACCCUGAGACACAGCUGCAGCGGCUCAUGACUAGAGAUGGAUCUAUGGAGGAGGAGGCCAAAAGCAGGAUAAAUGCGCAGAUGUCCCUGGAUCUCAAGAGGUCAAAGGCAGAUAUUGUGAUUGAUAACACCUGCUCAUUGGAAGCUCUGCAUGAGCAAUUUCAGAAAGUGUUAACUCAGAUUACCAAACGCUUGACCUGGACUGAGUUUCUGCUCUCAAGAAAUGAAGCUUUUCUAGCAUUGUUUUCCACUUUUGUCAGUGUUGCUAUUUUCAAGAAAAGUUCAUGA